GCUGCCCAGCUCACUAUUGAACCAGAGCCCGUCAAUGCCAUCGAGGGGGGGAACGUGACUCUGCAUGUCCGCGGUCUGCUAAAGGAGGUUGGAAUCUUCAAGUGGUACAAAGGAGGAAUGGUGGAGGGUGAAAUGCUUAUUAUGUCAUAUAAAGUAGGGUCUCCAGCAGAUGGCACAGGGCCUGCACACAGCGGCCGAGAGACGAUAAAUCCCAAUGGAUCCCUGCUGGUCCGGAACGUCACCCAGGAGGACACGGGGCCCUACACCCUACAAAUCACGUAUCGAGAUUUUGAAGAGAGAGAAGUAACUGGACAGCUCCGCGUUUACCGAUCCGUUUUCCAGCCCUCCAUCAGAGCCAGCAGCACCACAGUCACUGAACACAAGGACCGUGUGGUCCUGACCUGCCUCACAAGAGUCACUGGGGUCUCCAUCCUGUGGCUCUUCAAUACCCAGCGUCUGCAGUACACAGACAGGGUGACGCUGUCCCGGGACAACCGCACCCUCACCAUCCACCCUGUCGGGGGGGAGGACGCCGGGGAGUAUCAGUGUGAGGUCUCCAACCCAGCCAGUUCCAGAAGUGACCCCCUCACCCUGACUGUGAUGCAUCAUCUGGCCUUUCCUAGGACAGGUGACAAGCGAGACCUCCCAGUGCACUGGCUCCCCGCGCCCACCCCUGGCUCUCCCUCAGGCCAAGCGGACUCCUCAGCCCCCCUAUCUGACACCCAGUCAGCUGCUCCGAUCUACCAGGAGUUGCUACACCCGGACUCGGACAUCUACUGCCAGAUCAACCCCAGGGCAGAAGUGGCUACUUAGCGAUUUCUGAGAACCCCACCUUCAGGUCUUCUAGAGGCUCUGAGACCUCAGAUCUUGAGGGGUGUCAAGAACUAGAAUCUGACCCAGAUCUGAGCUCUGGGGUGUUCCAAAAACUGGAUCAGGGUUGGGUUCCUCUGGUUUUCUGGAAACCCCAACUCUCUCCUGAGUCCUGGAUGAACCAGGACAAAGACUGUUGAGUCCAGGAUGUGGGCAGUGACCUGGGGAGUGACCAGGCCUGUGACCCACUGGGGACCACCCUGUGGGGCUGAAUAAAGAGAAC